AUGGCCCCGACGUGCCUGCGGCCCCUGCUGAGGUACCGCUCCUUCGCCAUCCUCUUCCUCACGCCGCUGCUGCUGCUGCCGCUGCCGCUCGCUGUGUCCACGCGGGAGGCCAGAUGUGCAUAUAUCAUCAUCAUCAUGGCUGUGUACUGGUGCACUGAAGUGAUCCCCCUGGCUGUCACCUCCCUCAUUCCAGUGGUAUUUUUCCCUCUGCUUGGAGUUCAGACUGCUAAAAAAGUGUGCUUUCAGUACCUAAAUAACACAAACAUGCUCUUCCUUGGAGGGCUGAUUGUCGCAAUUUCUGUUGAGCAGUGGAAUCUUCACAGAAGGAUUGCACUGAGAGUCCUUCUGAUUCUUGGGGUGAAACCUGCACUCCUCAUGCUGGGAUUUAUGGCAGUCACUGCCUUCCUGUCCAUGUGGAUAAGCAACACAGCCACCACUGCCAUGAUGGUUCCCAUUGUCCAGGCUGUUCUGGAUCAAAUGGACAGCACGGAGUAUGAUGUGACCAUGAUGGAACAAGCAACUGGGCAAACAAAUGCAGUGAUUGAGCUGGAGGAAAAGAGCACAUCAGAGUCCACUGCAGUGCACGUUGUAAGCAAUGAACAAGUCCCUGAUGACCCCAGAUCUUCUGAGGAACAGAAAAUGAAGAAGCGUAUAUGCAAGGGAAUGACACUUUGUGUAUGCUAUGCUGCCAGCAUUGGAGGAACUGCAACACUUACCGGAACAGGACCAAAUGUGGUACUGAAAGGCCAGAUGAAUCAGUUAUACCCCAACAAUAAUGAUAUUGUGAAUUUUGCUUCCUGGUUUGGAUUUGCAUUCCCAAACAUGAUUGUGAUGUUGGCGCUAGCUUGGCUUUGGUUACAGUGCUCCUUCAUGGGACUCAACUUUAAAAAAAACUGGGGCUAUGGGACAGAGAGAACUGCAAAAGAAAAAGCUGCAUACAAUGUGCUGAAGGAAGAAAUGAGAAAGUUAGGCCCUGUCUCUUAUGCUGAAUUAAAUGUCUUCCUGUUGUUUUUAUUGCUGGUGCUCUUGUGGUUUACCAGAAACCCAGGCUUUGUAAAAGGCUGGGCUGCCAGGCUCUUCUCAGGAGGAGACAAGUAUAUCACUGAUUCUGUUCCUGCUAUGUUUGUUGCCCUGUUACUGUUUGUGCUUCCUGCUCAUAAGCCCAAAUUCAUAGCCUGGAAUCAAAGCGUGUCUGACCCUAAACAGACUGAAGAAGAUAUAAAAAAGCCAUUUUUAUCAACCUCACUGCUAGACUGGGAUGUGGUUCAGAGGAAGAUGCCCUGGAGCAUUGUGCUGCUGCUGGGAGGAGGUUUUGCUUUAGCUGAUGCAAGCGCAAACUCUGGGCUCUCAGCUUGGCUGGGUCAUCAGAUGACUCCCCUGGGAUCUAUCCCACCAUGGGCCAUUGCAACAGUGGUCUCCCUUAUUAUAGCUGUCUUCACUGAAUGCACCAGUAAUGUGGCCACAGCUACCCUCUUCCUGCCCGUCUUUUCAUCCUUGGCCACAUCUGUCAAGAUCCAUCCUUUGUAUGUUAUGGUGCCUGCUACUCUCAGUGCUUCAUUUGCCUUCAUGCUACCUGUUGCAACACCACCAAAUGCAAUAGUGUUUUCUUAUGGCCACCUCCGUGUUUUGGAUAUGGUUAGAACUGGAAUAGUGAUGAACCUCAUUGGAGUCUGCUGUAUCACGCUGGCCAUCAACACAUGGGGAAGACCUGUAUUUGGGCUGGACACAUUCCCAGCCUGGGCAAACAGCACAGCAAACCAGUGA